AUGAACGACAAUUGUACUAACAUCUCCACAGUCAUGUUUGACCAGCUUGUGCAGAACUCAAGCUGCGAAUCCCCGCUGUGCAACAGCAGCGCAGUGGUAGAUCACUUUCUCCGGUUGCCUACUUUUUCCACUGCAGCCAAAAUCAGAGUGAUAACUACCUUUACGCUGUGCGCGGUGUCGACCGUCUGUAAUCUUGCCGUGCUGUGGGAGGCUAGUACUAACAACAAGCGCAGGUCUCAUGUCCGAAUCCUCAUUAUAAAUCUUACAGUGGCGGACCUGCUGGUGACAUUCAUCGUGAUGCCCGUCGACGCAGUAUGGAAUAUCACUGUCCAGUGGCUGGCUGGGGACGUAGCCUGCCGGUUCCUCAUGUUCAUGAAACUUGUCGCAAUGUACUCCUGCGCCUUUGUAACUGUUGUCAUCAGCCUCGACCGACAAUCUGCCAUCCUGAACCCACUGGCUAUCAGUGAGGCCAAGAGGAAGAACAAAAUUAUGUUGAUCAUCGCGUGGACCAUGAGUGUGAUUUUGUCUGUCCCGCAGAUGUUCAUCUUUCACAGCGUCACCAUCACCUUCCCGGCAAACUUCACACAGUGCACAACCCGGGGCAGCUUCCUCCGACACUGGGAGGAAACGCUCUACAACAUGUUCACAUUUGUGUGUCUCUUCCUCCUUCCCCUGGUCAUCAUGAUCGUCUGCUACACGCGCAUCCUGCGGGAAAUAUGGCGAAUAGCAAAAGGAAACACGUCCUCCAAAGAGGUUCAUCUCCGUCGUUCCAACAGCUACAUCCCAAAGGCACGCAUGAGAGCGUUAAAGAUGAGCAUUGCCAUCGUGACCUCCUUCAUCGUCUGCUGGACGCCGUACUACCUACUGGGCCUGUGGUACUGGUUCUUCCCUGACGACUUGGAGGAGACCGUGUCCCACUCGAUGACUCACAUCCUCUUCAUAUUCGGCCUGUUCAACGCUUGCCUGGACCCCAUCACGUACGGCUUGUUCACAAUCCACUUCCGCAAGGGACUGAAACGUUAUUGCCACGAAGCGGUGGUGCUGAAUGAGUCGGAUAACAACUCGACGAUGACCGGCUCGUUCAAGUGCUCGCCGUCGCCUUUCCGCAUGAAGAAGCUCACUCAGAGCAACCAGACUGGCCGUCGACCUCAGAGCAUGGAGGCCGACGACGACCAGCUCCUGGACUGGAUUGACGGCAUCCGAACAACAGAGCAGAACCAUAACAGUGAGCUGGUAGAGGCCGAGGUCGUGGUCAAGGCCGUUUUCAAGGCCGUGGCCAAGGCAGAGGAAGAGGUAAUAGCAGAGGAAGAGGAGGACAAGGCGGAUAUAGGCCAGGAUCCUAAAGUGAAACCAGGAGACUGGGUGUUCAUCAAAGUCAUAAAGAAGAAGUGCUGGGCCGACCCACGCUGGGAGGGCCCUCACCGUGUUAUCCUGUCAACACCAACUGCAGUGAAGGUGGAGGGCCGGACCGCUUGGACGCAUCUCUCUCACUGUAAGGUACGGGACUUUCCAGCUGCGGAGUCAACCGCUGAGGAGGGGAAGUCCGACUCCAAAGGGGACUAG